AUGUCUAUUGCGCAGACGCUGCCCGUCGAGAUACUCGCCGCCGUGUUCGAGUAUGCGCUCAUCCGGGACGCCAAACUUACCGCGUCUUCGGCAUCACUCCUCCGACCGCUCUCGCACGUCUGCUCACAGUGGUACUGGGCCGCCCAAGCUUACAGUGCGUUGUGGCGCGAUAUAUCGACGCGCGCCGACUCGCCAGCCUGGGUAGACGCUUCACUCGCCCGCUCACGCACCGCGCGCAACCUCCAACUGGAUGUUUCAGUGGAUAGGGUCUCAGCAUCAGCACCGGUCCCUACCCAUGUAGCUCGCAUACUCGCCGAGGCCGGCCGUGCACGCUGCCUUUCGCUUUCCGGGCCUGCACUUGCCUCCCGUCUACGGUACCUUCCGCAAGGACCCCUAUCCCGCUUAACGAAGCUGGUGUUAACGACACACCUCGAGCCCUCGCUUGAACCCGAAGACGCUGAAACGCUGUUCAAGCACGAGAUGCCCCGCUUGAAAUGCCUUGAUACCGUCAAUUGCUUACUACCCUGGGCGUCGACGUGCUGGGCUGAGAUUGGAAAGACACUGUCCAAACUCUCAUUGGGAUCUAUCGCACCUGCCUCGCGGCCCAGUCCGCGCGAACUACACUCGUUUCUCUCCUCCCUACCUGCUCUCGAGAACCUCCGCCUUCACGACGUACUGGCGAUUUACCCACCCGCAGGUUCGCCGUCGGGCGCGGCGGUUCCGGAGAUAACUCUACCACGGUUGGAAUUCCUGAUUAUCAACGAGAGCAGUGUUCCGAGCACGGCGGCUUUCCUCAGCGCCGUUGUACGGGAGCGCAGCGACUGCUGUCUCAACAUCACAUUCGAGACGCGCCGACCCUCGUCUAUGACAUUGUUGAUGCACGUAACGGCGCUUGCAGCCGCUGCAAGUUCAUUCUUGCGACUACCCGCGUCGCCUGCAACACCGGAGGCUUCUCCCGCCGUCUCAUCUCCCCCACGCGAGAAACACAACAUGAAGUUGUGCGAGACGAGCGAACGCUCAAUACGGCUUGACCUGCGCUCUGCGACGUCAGGCGUCGCUCUAUGUAGCCUCCAGAUACUCACGGAUGCAGCAAACUCAUCCUCUGGAAUGGCGCCGUACGCCCUCCCGCCUUCGCCGCCCUCGUCUACCACCCCAUUACCCGCGACAGAAGAUGAUAAUGAUUGGGUGGCUGCCCUGCCCCUCGUCUUCUCGCAUGCGCGGCCGAUGCAUUCGUUUGAGGUGGACUCGCUCGCGUUUCAGCACGCGCGUCCUUGGUUAUGGUCCUUUGCUGCUGCGCGCGCCAGCCCGCCCGCUCAUGUAGCAGCUCAUGGUCCCGCCGCUUUGGGGCUGUUAGCGGCGCUCGUGCUCCCACUCCCACUACCCUCGGAGUUGCCGCUUCUAUUGCCGCCAGAGUUCGAUGUGGCUCCGAAUGCCUCUGCAAACGAGAGGGGUACCGAAAACGAAGCACGGCUGGCGCUACACGCUAUGACGCACCUGACGCUUCGCGACGUCGAUUUCGCGGAAGGAUUCGGGGUUGCACUUGCCAGCACAUUGGAGGCACGGGCGGCCUCACACGGAGUGGCAGGCGUUCAGUCCAUACGUCUCGAACAGUGUGCUAUCUCCGAGGCCCAGGUCGAUGCGCUUCGCUCAUGUCCCGCGAUCGGGAUUGUAGAGUGGGACGGACUCUGCACGGUGGAGACCUCAAGCGCAUCUGCAUGA